CGUGGAGAUGGCGGAGUGGAAGGAGGAGGUGGAAGUGCUGGUGCAGCGGGUGGUGAAGGAUAUUACUGGCGCUUUCCGCAGGAACCCCAACAUAGAUGAAAUUGGAUUAAUCCCUUGUCCUGAAGCGAGGUAUAACCGCAGUCCAAUAGUCUUAGUAGAAAACAAACUUGGUGUAGAGAGCUGGUGCAUCAAGUUCCUGCUUCCUUAUGUUCACAACAAGCUCCUCCUUUACCGCCAGAAGAAGCGAUUGCUUAACAGAGAUGAGCUUAUCGACGUUACCUGCACUCUGUUGCUCCUGAACCCGGACUUUACCACAGCAUGGAAUGUGAGGAAGGAGUUAAUACAGCUUGGAGCCUUGAAUCCAAUUAAGGACCUACAACUUGGAAAACUGGCAUUAACAAAGUUUCCUAAAAGCCCUGAGACAUGGAUACACAGACGAUGGAUAUUACAGCGCUUCUUGCAAGAGUGUGCACCACCUACUGCGGUCACUAAGGAAGGCAGCUGUCCAGACCCUGAGGAGAGAAUUACUACAGUUUUACAAGAGGAGAUGCAGGUGUGUUGUGAAGCUGCAGGAAGGUACCCAAGCAAUUACAAUGCCUGGUCCCAUCGCAUCUGGGUUAUACAGCACUUGGGAAAACUGAAUGUCAAGCUACUCCUUGAUGAGCUAUCUUCCACAAAGCAUUGGGUCUCUAUGCACGUUUCAGACCACAGUGGAUUCCAUUACCGCCAGUUCCUGUUGAAGUCUUUGCUGGACAGAUCACUAGUAGACUGUGAAAACUCUAGAAAAGUAACAAACCUAUGUCCAAGCAAGCAGAAUCUGUGUCUUCCAAGAGAAGGAGAAAUAAGCUGGGAUCCCACAAUAUUUGAGCAUCUUCUGUUGUUGAAAGAAGAAAUGGAGCUUAUCAGUGAUCUUAUUAAUUCCUAUCCAGGGCACGAAACACUCUGGUGUCACAGACGCCAGAUAUUCAAUUUGAUUCAUCAUUUGCACAGUGAAAAGUCUCAUUCACCAAACCAACAAGCCAUGAGCUCAGACAGCAGUGAAGCCCCAGGAAACGGUCUGCAUUCAGAAUCCAGCUUCCCUGACUGUGCCUUUAAUGCUAUGGAUGUAGAUGGGGUGAACGAUCCCAGCAAGCAUGGUUAUACUCAAGAGACAAAACGUCUGAAACGUGCUCCUAUGCAAGAUCCCUUUACUUACGAAUCAGAGCUCAGGUUCAUCAAUUUCAUUUUAUCCAACUGCAGAAGCUCCGAGCAGUCCAGGUUUGCUGCUUCAUACAGAAAAUGGCUGACAUCUUCACUAGGUCACUAACAAAGAAAACUUCAUGUACACAUAACUGAUGGUGCAAUAGUUGCCAUGGUUACAAUGUAAAUCAUGUGCUUCUCACUUUUACUAAUGGAAAUAUCUAUUCAAGUGUGGGACAUUUUUGAUGGGUUUUAAUUUAUUUAUUUUUUUAACAGUUACUUCAAGCAUUUUUUAGCAGAAGAUAAAGAAAACGACUCAUCAACCAUGUUACAUCUCUUUAAGCUAAUGCUUUGUGUGUAGCUCUUAGUUAUUUAUUGACUUGGGAAUAGUGUUACCUUACUUGCAAAGGGUAUAGGGAAGGGGACAAAAGGGAGCUGGUCACCCAUUGUUUUUUUUUUGUGUUUUUUUUUCAAGUGGAAGUAGCACUGCCUUGCAAUGAAAUAGCCCUAGAGGUUAGGCUGGAACUUCCUCUUACACAGCACUGUGCCCCUUCCUUUUAUAACAUAUUUUCAAUAAAAUACUUCUCUUUGCAGCCAACAAAAAACUAACUAACUGGACUUAGGUAAUACAUUAUAUAAAUUAUUUUUUUCUUUAGGCAGGUCUGAGUGCUGGUAGAAAGCAAGUAUGGGCAUGAUAUUUUGUUAUUUAUUUUUAUUUUUUUAAGAAGAAAACUAAUUUGUCAAAUCUAUAGACACAUCAAAACAUUGUGAGACUAUCAGGGAUGACAGACUGCAUCUAAACAUAAGGUUGGAUAUUCCACAAAAAUCAGUAUUGUUGCGUUUAUUGCUCACAGUAUAGCUUUUUUUUUUUGUUACUUUUUGCUAAUGUACCACAACUGGGCAAACCGAAUAUAAUUGCUUUGGCCACAUCACCUCUAAAAAAUCUAAUUAUUUUAUAGCAAGAUCAGAAAUUCAGUAUUUCUUUUCAAAACUGUAAAGACAAUAAAGUGAAACGGGUUAUUUGGAAAGUAUGUUAAAAAAAUGGUUUUUGCAUGUUGUGUGUGAUUGUUCAUAUACAGUAUACUCCUGCUCAGUAGGAAGUUAGUGUGCACCGACAGACAUAGCAAUAACACUUGUAUGUACAGUUAACUGCUGCUGCAAGGUUUCAGCAUCCCUUGAUCACACUCAGGGUUGCUUGUGGCCAGUUUUGGACCCAACUUGCAGGUCUUUCCAAUAGGUGAGCAUACCUGUAUUUUGUUGCAAAAGGUUUCAUUGUCUUAUGUUUAUGAGGCAAGGUCUUCUUUCCGGGUACGUUUGUUACAGGAGCAGGAAAGGUGUGUGUCAAUUAUGUUAUGGCAAAGAUCUUUUUCUUGCAAUGUGUGCCAUGAUGUAUCCUGCAAUUCUCAGAUGAUUUAGUUCAUUAAUCCUGGGCAUACUGUCAGGUUGUUUUGUUUCUUAUUAUUGGAAUGCAUGAUAGAGUAAAAAGUUUCGUUUUUUUCUGCAUCAGCAACCUAUUGUUAGGAUUUUAUUGAAUGUUUUCCCAAACAGCUGUGAUUGCUUUUCUGUUCUGUUACUUUAGGGCCAGCACUGCAGACAUUAGGAGGCAGAGCUUGUGUGCAAGUAGCAACAGUCUGCUUUAGUCUCUUGUGUUUUGAUGCUGCUCCAUGCUCAUUCUUUUACACAAGUGAAAAAAUGGCGAACAGUCAGGCAGCACUCCCAGGUAACGAUCAAAUGUUCAUAGUCCUAGAAGACACAAGAAGAGGUGCCUCAUAGUGUAAAACAGUAUAACAUAUAGCAUAUUUAGCAAUAAUACAUCUAGCCAAAAUGUAUUUGAUAUUUCGUAUUUCUUGUCGAUUAGUGUUAACUUAUAAUGGGAUUAGCCUCUAAGGGAGGGUGCCCAUUAUCCACUGUGAUUGGUUUAUCUUUUUAUACAUCAGAGCAAGGUCAUCAUAAAUUAUCAGCCUGAUGAAACGGCAUGUUUGCAGAGAAACGCGUUGUUGUUACAUUUUAAGCUUGUUUUAAUUAGUUUUUUUAAUCUGACCCUCGCUCUGCUUGGAGCCUUGCUUCAAGAGACUUUGCAGUGCAUGUUCAGCCCAUCUGAGUUAUCAAGCGUGGUCUGGCUGCUUAUUUCACCGUCCGGUGUGCAGUGAUCCCCUGGGGGGCUUCACUAUGGUCCGGACUUCACCCUCUGCUGCUAAUGUAGCGGCUGACGUUCCCUGAGCUGGUCUUUGAUUCCUGUAGCAGGAGCGAGUCUGCUGAGCAGCUCUGAAGCCUCGGUCUGUCCUUCCAGCACUUUAUGUGCCAUAACAAAUUGUGAGUCUGUACUUGUCGCAAGCCACGUAUUCCGUUAUAUUUUAUACUGUUUUACACUAUAAGUCGCCUCUUCUUGUGUUUUAUAGGACUGUGAACAUUUGAUCAUUAUCUGUGAGUGCCUCUUCUCAUAUUCCUAUAUUGGUCCCUUAAUUGGAUCCCCAUUGCCUUGAAGAACCCCCUUCCCUGAAGGGGCGAGAUAGAAACAGGCCCAAAUAUAAGCAAACCCCUAACAGAUUCCUCAUUACUAUUUUUCUUUAUAGGUAUGGAUAGGAAGCUGGCUCCUUCCCUCACCAGUUUAUUUUACUGUGCAGGUGGAGUUUCUUUGCAGUGAGAGUUGUUCCUUUUUAGGCCUGCAAGAUUCUGCUUUUGCCAUGGCCUAAGGCAUUUGAAGAUGUGUCCUGUGUCUGUAAUGCCUUUUUAUUUGCUGGUUCCAGUUUGUUUUUGGCACCUUUUCUUGCACAGAAACACUAUAGAUUGCAUGGCUCAGUGAAGUCAGCAUGCAAGUAAAGAACUGAUUAUGUCAUUGCUGUGUCUCUAUGGGUGUCACCAUCUUGGUUGAGGCCUUAUAUAUUGCAGAAGCGUACGUAUAAUGAUUACCAGUCUCUUCAUUACGUUUUUGGAUUUAUGAGCUCAGUAAUUAUGGCGCAUUCCACCUCCUCUUCCUCCAAAAAAAAUUCCAAUUCUUCUGGAUAUUUUUGUCAAGGGCCAGUAUUUCAUGUGGAUCAUCAAUCUCUUUCCUUCAGGGUAUGGAUGCUUUCAGAAGUUAGGGCUUUCAAAAAGCCUUAUAAACUUUAUGCUCCAGUUUUGGAGUUUUGUUUUUUCAUGGAUGCCAAAAGUUUAUCAACCUUAAAAGUUCAAGUUUCAGCAAUCUCUGUAAUUACUGAGGUUAAAUGGGCUAUGGAAGAUUUGCUUGGACUUUUUAUUUAUAAAACCUCUGGUUUAAUCUGUUUUGAUUUCUGCCACUUUUGAAUCAUUACAGUCUGUUAAUUUGUGAUAUCUUACUUUUGAAAACUUUUUUUUUUCUUCUUGCUGUCUCUUUGGCCAGACCAGUUUCUGAACUUCAAGCUCUCUCAGCAUAUUCACCUUAUACAGUUUUUCACCAAGACAAGGAAGUCCUUCAUACAGUACCAGAGAUUCUUCUUAAAGUAGUGUCAGGUUUUCACAAGAAUCUAUAGAUUGUCCUUCCCACCUUCUGUACAGACAGAAAGCCUAUUACAGGGACAGCAUACUCCAGUUUUCAUAUAACUGCAUGUAAUAGAUACUACUAUAAAGAAGAAUAUGCACAGAGGUGGAUUUCAAAAUCUAGUAUUAAACCUUUUAAAAACUUACUUUGAAGCUCCCAGUUUAGCGCUGUUGAUGAGGUAGUCUGGGACAACCACUGAAAGGGUCUUGGUAAAAAAAAAAAGCGCAGACAAUCCCUCCCCCUCCUUGCAUAUGAAAAGACAGAUAACAUAAACCGGAGCCUGCAGGAGUCUGUAAACACAUGUAUACAUCUGAGAAUGUAGGGCUUGGUUAGGAGUCUGAAAAUCAGCACAAUGUUCUUAAAAAAAUAAGCAAAACUAUACAUUUUUAUAAAAAUACUAGCAGAUGGACUAUAUAAAUGUAUAAUCUACAAAACAUUUAUGCAAAGAAAAAUCUAGUGUACAAUAUCCUUUUAAGUAUGUACUUGGAAAGAAUUAAGGACUUUUAGAAAACAUCUUGUUUGUUAAUUAUUCCUUUUGGAAAAAGGAAAGGUUGUGCUCCAGUGAAGAAGACUAUUGCUGUAUGGAUUGUCAAGUGCAUCAUAACAGCAUACAAGCUUCAACAAGUUGUUGCUCCUGAUGGCAUUAAGGCUCUCUCAACUAGAGCAGUAUCCACAUCCUCGGCUUUGCAGGCUAAAGCCUCGGUAUCUGAGAUUUGUCAAGUUGACUCAUUACAAGUUGGACAUUCUUCAGUCCUCUUCUGCUAAAUUUGGAAUAAGUGUUUUGACCUCCGUUUUUCUUAAUCUUGUACACUUUUUGCAGCAUAUAUUUUUGUAUUUCUGUAUUUUGUCCCACCCAUUGUUUACUGCUUUGGGAUCUCUACAAGCCAAUGGUGAUCCAAUUAAGGGGCCUAAAUAACAGGAAAUUAUCUGCAGAUAAAACUGCAAUUUAUAUAUAUUUUCCCACUUAUAAUUGGAUCCCCAUUGAACCCCCUUUUUAACUUAUUAGAUUUUUCCUUUGUCUUUCCCAUUGGACAUCAAACUAGUCAUGGGGGAGUUUGUUAGGAUGUUCGCUUAUAUUUGAGUCUAUGUGGGUGGGCCUGUUUCUGUUCCGUCCACUUCAGGAAAGGGGGGUUCUUCAAGGCAAUGGGGAUCCAAUUAUAAGUGGGCCAAGAUAUAGUAAUAGCAGAUUUGUCUGCAGAUAAUUUCCUGUUUUCUUGCAGAUAAGUUGAUUAGUAUUUUGGCUUUCUAUAGAGUUUGAAGUAUUUGUUUACUGGUAUGUAACCAAUAAAAAUAAGUUCAGAUACUUGGCCCUUUUAUUAUUGAGAAAUACAUUUUUGCAAAUAAUCAUGAACAUUGAGCAGUUAUUUCUAAUCAGAAUUGACGGUGAAAAAAAUAUAGUAUGAAAUAUAAGCUGUUACACAUCUUCUGCUGAGAUAGAAUAUUCUCAUUGCUAAGUGUUGAAUUGUAGGGUAGGCAACAGUCACAAUUUUAAGGAUGAAAAACAAAAACAAUUGCUUUGUAAGAUAUUGCUGCAUAAUGGAUUUUUUUAUAUUUUUUUUUAAUGAAGAUCCUAGUUUUCUCUUCUUUCCAAGCCCACUUUUUCUACCUUGCAGUCUAAUUUGUUUAAUCAAUCUUCUUGAGAGAUAUAUUGAUCCUAUUCCAGUUAGUGAUAAGAAGGAAACAUUUAAGCAAAUCUAAGCAUUCAAUGUCCCCUUAUGACCAAUGUCCUCUCAUAAUCCUAUAGCGUACAUAAUUUCCAGACUUGCAUAGAGAUUUAUACUAUUAACUCCUAUGAUAGGAACUUUACUUUGUUUCUCAGGUUUAUUUGCAGCUGAUCUUUUUAGUUCAAUGUUACCAUAGUCCCAGGAAUCUGUUUUAAAGGAUCCAUUCAAAGUAUGAGGUUUACCUUUCAUUUGGUUAUGCAUAAGACACAGUUGCUCCAAAGAGAACCCAAUGUCACACUAGCCAUAGGGUUCCCUUGGAAAGGCUGUGAUGGUGGAGGGCCUAGAAACUAGAUAGGCCGAAGGGAAGAGGUGACUUCAGCACUCAGAGAAGCACCACUGGUCAUAUACUUACCUACAGCACAACUUUGGCAGUAUGUGUGUGGGGAGUGGUUAUAUUAACUGAUCUAAGAAAAAAGCAAUUUAUAUUUUAUUUUAAGGAUGAAAAAUACCAUAUUGUAAUUUUUAUGAAAAUGUAUGGGAAUUUGAGAAGUGAAAUUUGUAUAGGUUUUUAGCAUAACAUUUUAUUUUUGACACAUUUUUACCUUUCUUGCAUUUCUGUAUAAAAUUAUAUAUGAAUGCUGUACAAUUUAUCAUAUGAUUCAUACGGCUGUAAAAUGUCACAAUCACAGCUGAUUAAAGAAAAAAAUGGAGAAGCAAUUAAAAUGUAAUACCAACCAUUACAAUAUUAACUUAUUUGUCUUAUCUAAGACACAACAAAAGUCAACAUGAGACAAACUGGAAUUUGUUACAAAUUGUAUUUAGUAUAAACAUAAAAACAAAUACUAAUUCAGUCCAUUUUUUUAUUAGAUACAUGGGACUCUAUAAAGGUGUAAUUUCUAAUCAGUUAGUUUAGCCAACUGCAACUUUAUUUUAUGUAGAGAUUUGAUUUAUUUUGACUAUUUUUCUUUAGGCCAGCAAAUUCAGACUUGAUAAUAUCCUGACAUGUUGUCCCUAAGAAUAAAUACUUCAUUGACAUUUCCUAAAUAAAUAACCCAUCUGAAAUAAAACUUGUAUUUGCAUUAAAAGAAACACAA